CGCCCCCGAUUGACCGCGUCACUGCCAGACAAACAAACAGUGCAAGUGGAAUUCCAGCCUAGCUGUGCGACACUGGAGAUAAUGCACAAAAAGGAGGCAAGGAAAUCUGGUUCUCAUGUCGACGAUGGUAUAGCUGAAGGCAAACCAACUGUUGUUAUUUGCGACCCAUGGAAUCCUCCCUAUCCUAUGUACCAUGGUUCUCCUACUCGCAAGUCCUACGCAGAGUGGUGCAGCAAAAGAAGAGAUUUUCUCAAGACCUCCAGAGCAACCAGUGUAAUCACCCCGGAUCGUACUCCUCCGACGGUGCAUUAUAUGUUCUACCAAGUGCUAUAUCCCCGCUUGUUGCCCAUCCUGGAGAAAGACAGCGUCGCCCGCUUCCUCCGCUUGUACGCCGCCGAGUGCGGGAAGUGGAUGACUUCUGGUUCCAUCAUCACCCCAGAAGCCUUCAACCACAUGAUUGCUGAAGAUGCCCUGCGAAUCGCAAAAGUUGUCUUGGAGGUUAAGGCUCCCGAGCUUGAAGGGUGCCGCACCAAUCCCAACUAUAUGAAUCAGUAUGGGUACUUUCCCCUACAUGAAGCCGCGGAAAGGUUCUCCCUUGAGAUGAUCAAAUUGCUCCUCCGUCAUGGCGCGUCAGCCAAUUUACGAACGGAUGGCGCUGAGGAUCUACUCCCACUCCAUGUCGCAGUUGAGGGCACUUGUCUGCACAAGUAUCUGGAGGAUAGUCUACUUCCUGAGCAGGAGGAGCAUCACAAUUGCCCAACAGUGAAAGAUGCCAACUAUAUUUACAAGAUCAUUCAUCUUCUGUGCCUGCCUGAGAUGAAAAUGUUCUUGGAUACGACUAGGCUGCUUGCUGAAUACACAAAUAAUCUAGUUGAUGAGAUCUUGAACUACAUGAAGGAUGGUAAACUUGUGCAAACAGCAGUUUUGCUCCUCGCGGCUCAAGCACAAAUCCGCGUGGGAUCUCGCUGCGGUAGAAACGGUAAUAGUACACUUGAUGGAUUUUCUAUUAUCACAGCAGGCAUUGGCCAACACAUGAUUAGCGUUAAAUUGGAGAUGUGUCGAAGCAAAAAGGAAAUGGCGCCGGAUCUGGAGGCUAAGUGCGAACAUCUGUCAUCUGCGUUGUUGCUUGUUAAAAUAAUUUCCCAAGCUGGAAAUGCUCUCGAUUCAUACAUUGGGACUCACCAAAAGGUGCCUCAUACAAAGGUCCUUGAACGUGUUUCACAAAUUCUUAAUGAUCAUGGUUUUUUCCCUAGUGGAGAAGGCCUGGGCAUUGGAAACCUCUUCCCUUAUAGAUGGUGUACAAUGCCUAAUGGUAAGGCACCUGAAAAACAUGGGAAUGUGGUUGCAACUGAGGCAGCUGCGAAAACGCCUAAUCUGUAUCCUGCAGGUAAAAAGGCUGCAAGAAGUAAACUUCGUGGACGUUGGGAGCGUGAAUGCACAUGGAAUAGCUUCUUCCCAUAUUGGAGAUCGGUGUUGUCACAACGAUAUCCCAAAAAGGCGGCUCCAGCCUACGCACAAGGCGAUGCCUUGUGUCUGCCUAACUCUGAUCACGUCCAUAACUCUGGGAGCAAGUCAUCACUUGGUGAACUUUCUAUGCCGGCUACAAAUGAUACUGCACGUUCAUUGGCAAGAAGAAUUCCUCAGGGCACAAGAAUGAAUCAUCCGAGCAGGCUAUUUGGAACUGUUGCAUUGAAGAUACUCAAGGUGCUGAAGAAUACAUGA